CUAUAAUUCAAUCAGAUUCAGAUUUUGAUUCAGAUAUUGAGUUAGAAAGUGGGUUAGAAUUGAUCUGACUUCUUUGUUACUCCUCAUGUUCAAAAGAACAGAUUUGAUACUCGAACAUUCAAUUUCAAGAUAUGAAGCACUCCCAAAUCCCAAAGUGAAGGACCAGCAUACCGAGAUGAACACAAUACGCAGCUGUAGUUUAUCAUCUUCCUCGCUUCAUAAUUCCGCAAAGCCAAAUGAUCUUUUCCAGUUUCAAACGUUGAGUGGCCUUCGCCAUCUUGCUGAAACUCGAAGAUUCAAGGCAUGGUUUUUGGAUCAAUUUGGAGUUCUUCAUGAUGGAAAAAAACCCUACCCUGGGGCCAUUUCAACAUUGGAAAAAUUGGCAAAGUUUGGUGCAAAAGUGGUGGUUAUCAGUAAUUCUUCAAGGAGGGCAUCAGCGACCCUGGAAAAAUUGAAGAGUCUUGGAUUUGAUCCAUCUCUCUUUAUGGGAGCAAUUACAAGCGGAGAAUUGACUCACCAGUACCUGCAGAGGAGAGAUGAUUCGUGGUUUGCUGCUCUCGGGAGGUCCUGCAUUCAUAUGACUUGGAAUGACAGAGGGGCUAUAUCUCUUGAGGGCCUAGGGUUACAAAUUGUGGAAGAUGUUCAAGAAGCUGAUUUUAUUUUGGCUCAUGGUACUGAGGCCAUAGGGCAUUGCUCUGGAGCUGCAAUCCCAAUGACCCUUGAAGAUCUUGAGAAAAUAAUAGAGCAGUGUGCUGCUAGAAGAAUUCCUAUGGUAGUGGCCAAUCCUGAUUUUGUGACUGUUGAGGCUAGGGAUCUGCGUGUUAUGCCUGGAACAUUAGCAGCCAAAUAUGAACAACUUGGUGGGGAAGUCAAGUGGAUGGGAAAGCCUGAUAAGGUUAUAUACAAGUCUGCUAUGGCCAUGACUGGUGUAGAUGCUUCUGAGUGUAUUGCUGUUGGUGACUCACUUCACCAUGACAUCAAAGGUGCAAAUGCAUCUGGGAUUUCUUCUACAUUUAUUACUGGUGGGAUCCAUGCUGCUGAACUUGGACUUGAAAAUUUUGGAGAAGUCGCGGAUAUUACUUCUGUACGUGCUCUUGCUUUGAGACAUGAUGCAUUUCCAACAUAUGUUCUUCCUUCUUUUACUUGGUAAGUGCUCAUGAUGUAAGGAGUGGAGAAAGCUGCCCUCUUCACUUGCAUGUUAUUCUUGAGGAUUUAUCCAAUGGAAACUGCAGCUUAACAAUAACAAUAAUGAGGCAGGUGUCUUCAAUGCUUGGCAUGAUGAUCAAUCAUUCCAUCUAAAGGCUUAAUGUUUCUGAUUGCCACUGCAAAGUUUAUGAAACGGUUGUCACCUGAAAAUGUCAACCUUUAAUUCAGUUUACAAGCUAUACAGUCUGUGCUGGUUUUCGAGCAAUUCUAAAUUUCUAACUAAAUUAAGGACCAGUUGAUUCUUUUUCCUGAUGAGUGUCAACGAGAUUGUUUCAGCUGUAUUGGAUCUCAUGGGGAAAAUGCAUCUCAAUUAGAGUAUCAGGAAUGAGAUUUCUUUCCAAUGGUGCUGCUGAGUCCAUGGCCUUUUAAUUACUCGUAGUUAGUUAGCCUGAUUAUAUAAAAUUGUGUAGCUCAACUGGCUUAUGGCUUAUUUAUAUACUUAUUUAUUACUAUUGUCGUUGUCAUUAUAUGAACCUAUGCAUCUCAACUGGUUUAGAUUCAUUGUUCAUUACUUAUUUACGGAAUAUUAUUUACUUAUUUAAUACGGGGUAUUAUUAUUGUCGUCGUCAUUGUUAUUAGGGA